UAACUCCGGUAUUCAAUACGGCACCUUCCACCCUUCCCCUCCCCACCACCACCACCACUUCGUCUUCCUCCUCCAAUCCCCCCGUCUCCAUCGCCGCCGCCGUCCCUUUCUCCCUCCCUCCCUCGCUGGCUAGCUCCUCCGAUGUCCUCGUCUGUUCACUGAGCUCCAGUUUCCUGUUUCAUCGGCCAGUGAGCUCGGGAUCGACCGAUCGAUCGGCUCGCGCGUCUGGGGAAGAGAAGAAGAUCGAUAGGAUAUUCGGAUCGGAGCUAGCCGGCGAGGUCGCGGAGGCGUAGAUCCAAGCUCGGGGACGGUCGGUGGAGCGAGAUGGGAAGGGGGCAGCAGCUAGGCGCGUGCAUGGUGAGGUUCUAGGGUUCGUCAUUCGUGGGAGAGGAGGAGGCUGGUUAUGCCCGGCGGGAUGAUGAUCCCCGGCCGGAACAUGCCGACGGCGGCGGCCAUGAUCGGCGGCCUCGCCAGCUACGCCGCCUCCCUCGGCCAGAACAUGAUGGAUGGGCAGCAUCAACUUGCGGUGAUGCAGCAGCAGCAGCAUCAGAACCAUGGCCAACAGCAGCAACCUGUCACGAGCGAGAGUGACAUGCAUGGCUCACGCCACGAUGAGCUGCUGAUGGAGAGCAAGUCCGGCAGCGACAACAUGGAGGGCGGUGCCGGGUCAGGCUCUGGUGGCGAAGAGCUGCAGGAGGAGGACCUCAGCUUGCAGCAGCCCCGCAAGAAGCGCUACCACCGCCACACCCAGCACCAGAUCCAGGAGCUCGAAGCGUUCUUCAAGGAGUUCCCACACCCUGACGACAAACAGAGGAAAGAGCUGAGCCGGGAGCUGGGCCUGGAGCCUCUGCAGGUAAAGUUUUGGUUCCAGAACAAGCGCACCCAGAUGAAGACGCAGCAGGAGCGGCAGGAGAACACACAGCUGCGGGCUGAGAACGAGAAGCUACGUGCUGAGAACGCACGCUACAAGGACGCACUUGCCAAUGCUGCCUGCCCCAACUGUGGCGGCCCUGCCACAGCUGUCAUUGGUGAGAUGUCCUUCGAUGAGCACCACCUCCGCAUUGAGAACGCGCGCCUCCACGAUGAGAUCGAUCGUAUCUCUGCCAUUGCCGCCAAGUACGUUGGAAAGCCCGUCGCCAGCCUGCUGCCCAACUCAUCAAACAUCUCCUCCGUUGUUGCUACUGCCGCACCUUACCCGCAGCCGCUCUCCACCCACCACAUCAUCCCUGGAGCAGCGGACAUGUUUGGCGGCCUCCACCAUCGUGGAGCUGCAGCAGGGUUUGACAAGCCUCUGGUGAUCGAGCUUGCUGUGGCCGCCAUGGAGGAGCUGGUCCGGAUGGCCCAGCUUGGCGAGCCACUCUGGGUCCCUGCCCUGGUUGACGGCGCUGCCACUGAAACUCUCAAUGAAGAGGAGUAUGCUCAUGGGUUCCCCAGGGGUGUGGGGCCCAAGUCACCGGAACUCCACUCGGAGGCCUCACGGGAGACUGUCGUUGUCAUCAUGAACCAUGUCAACCUCGUCGAGAUGCUCAUGGAUGUGAACCAGUGGUCGACAUUGUUCUCAAGCAUCGUGUCGCGGGCUGCCACGCUUGAGGUGCUGUCCACCGGUGUCGCUGGCAACUACAAUGGCGCACUGCAGCUGAUGACAGCAGAGUUCCAGGUGCCGUCACCGCUGGUGCCGACCCGUGAGAGCCAGUUUGUGCGCUAUUGCAAGCAGCACACGGACGGCAGCUGGGCAGUGGUGGAUGUGUCCCUUGACGGCCUGCGUGCAGGUGGUGCAGUGGGCUUGCGUGGGCGCCGCCGCCCCUCGGGCUGCCUGAUCCGAGAGAUGCCAAAUGGCUACUCCCGCGUGACAUGGGUGGAGCAUGUGGAGGCAGAUGACGCGAUGGUGCAUGACCUUUACCGUCCACUGGUGAGCUCUGGGCUGGCGUUCGGCGCGCAGCGGUGGGCAGCUGCACUGGAGAGGCAGUGCGAGCGCCUUGCCAGCGCCAUGGCCAGCGGUGUCCCUGCAGCAUCCACAGGAGGUGAUGCCGCAGGCGUGGUGAACUCAGCUGAGGGACGCCGGAGCAUGCUCCGGCUUGCAGAGCGGAUGGUAGCAAGCUUCUGUGGUGGCGUGACUGCAUCAACAACGCACCAGUGGACGACACUGUCGGGGAGUGGCCCUGAGGACGUGCGCGUGAUGACACGCAAGAGUGUAGAUGACCCUGGCCGCCCUCCCGGCAUCAUCCUCAACGCAGCCACCUCCUUCUGGCUCCCUGUGCCGCCCGCACGCGUCUUCGGCUUCCUCCGCGACGACGCCACCCGCAGUGAGUGGGACAUCCUGUCCAAUGGCGGCGACGUGCAGGAGAUGGCGCACAUCGCCAACGGCCGAGACCACGGCAACGCUGUCUCACUGCUCCGUGUCAAUAACGCCAACUCGAACCAGAGCAACAUGCUGAUCCUGCAGGAGUGCUGCACCGACAAGACAGGUUCCUACGUGAUCUAUGCUCCCGUGGACGUGGUGGCCAUGAAUGUGGUGCUCAACGGCGGGGACCCAGACUACGUGGCGCUGCUGCCAUCGGGCUUUGCCAUCCUGCCCGACGGUCCUGGUGCGGGCGGCGGUGGGUCUCUCCUGACCGUGGCGUUCCAGAUCCUUGUGGACUCCGUGCCCACCGCCAAGCUCUCCCUGGGCUCCGUCGCCACCGUCAACAGCCUCAUCGCCUGCACCGUCGAGCGUAUCAAGGCCGCCCUCGCUGCUGACAACACUGCCGGCGGUGGCGCCCGACCACCACCCUAUGGUGAUGAAUGAAACUGGUGAGGGAUGAAGAGCGGGUUGAAUCAAAAUCAAAUCAGAUGAAAUUGAGAUUUGGGAGGAUCUGGCAAUGCGGGGAGUCAAGAACGCACCGCGUGCUCUCCUUGCAAGGUGUUGCCUUCUGAUUCAGAGGUAGUAGGCGAGGGGCGCAACACUUUGCAAGGGGGUUGGUUCGGGCAUUGACUCUCUUCUUCUUUCUGUGUCCUCCCAUCCGAUCGACCUGCCACUCUCUCACCAGAGGUUUGUAGUAGAAGCAGUUAGACCAUGCAUGCGUGUCUUUUAUUUGGAUUCUUGGUGUCUCAAAUGUGUCUGUACACCUGAGUUAAUUUGACUUGACUUUGGAGAUUGUUAAAGUUUGAACCGGUUAACUUGAAUGUUUUUUUAUCAGUAUUCGUUCAUUCUGUUGUA